AGAAAAAAGAAGCUUUAACUACUUGGUGUAAAAAUUUAACUUUUUAGCAAAAAAAAAAAAAGAAAAGGGUAAAUUUUUAUAUGUCAACUGCUCUUCCUUCUACCGCUGGUACACCUCAACCGACAGGUUUACAUACUCAAAUGCCAGCCAGUCCUGCUACUGCUCAGUCUUUAGCAGCAGCUCAAGCUCAAGCUCAGGCUAAUCUUCAACAGCAACAAUUAAAUGCACAAAAUAUGUUUCGACAAAACCAGCUGUAUGCUGCUCGUCAAAGGCAACAGCAACAGCAGCAACUACAGCAAAUGCAGCAGAUGCAACAGAUGCAACAAUUUCAAAAUAAUCCUCAACUUAUGUUUGCUGCCCAACAACAACAGCAACCACCGCAACCCACACAGCAAUUGAUGGCUCAACAAUUAUUACAGCAGCAACAGCAGCAACAACAAAGACCUGCAGCGAUGGCUCAUUUACAACAGCAAUUUCCACAGUCUAUGCCACAACAGAUGUUGAUGCAACAACCGGCUCAUCUUCAUUUAUUACCGCAGCAACAGCAAUUUUUACAUCAACAACAGUUGUUGCAACAACAACAGCAACAACAACAUCAACAUCAACAGCAGCAUCAACAACAACAGCAGCAGCAGCAGCAGCAGCAACAACAGCAACAGGCAGCUCUACAGCAAGUCUUACAAGCACAAGCACAAGCGCAAGCGCAGGCGCAAGUACAACAACAACAGCAGCAUCAACAAACGCAGGCACAAGCGAUGCAGCCACAUCUUCCGCAUUCAAUGGAUCCUCAACAAAAUAUGAGUAUGAAUAUGGUGCCUACACCACAGGUAUCACAAGCGCAAUUACAGCAUCAACAAUUGCAACAACAAAUUCCUCCAAAUACACCCAGUUUUAUUGAUAAUCCUUCUAUGCCUCCUCCCACACCGAAGCAGCAACAGCAGCCACAGCAACCAACGCCGUCGCAACAGCAACAGAAGAUGGCCAAUACUUCAAGCACUUCUCCACGAAAUCAACAGCAACAGCAGCAGCAGCAGCUACCGCAACCACAACAAGGUCUACCUCAAACACCGCGGUCAACGGCUUCCCAACAACAACAACAACAACAAUUACGUUCUGCUGCCGCUACACCUAUUAUGGCUUCUCAAAAGUCUCCUGUAUCCGUCCUUCCGUCGUCUACUCGUAACACGACAACUACUAAUACAAAUACGAUCGGUACUCCUGUUUCCUCCUCUACGAUACCAGUAAACACUAUUCCAUCCACAAUACCAAUGACAGGGCCAACGCCUAUACCUUCAUCGACAUCAGCACAAGUGGGAAUGCAUCAUAAUGGUACUACUCAAAGUAAUCAUGGUGCUGGUAGUGAAACGAUGAGUAUGAUGAUGAAAUCUAGUCCAAAUCCUGUAGUAGUAGCACCUUUAGCACCUAGUCAAGCUACACCUAGUGGCCAGGCUGUACUUCGAUUAUUACAAUUUGCAGAACAACUGAGUCCUUCAGAAGAAGAGAACCAUGCAUAUUUCAUGUGUGAGUGUGUGAGUGUGUGAGAGAGUAUGUGUGAGUGUAUUGUUGUACACCUUACCUGCCUACCUUUCCUCUCCUCUCUCUCCGGGCUUCCGUUUUCGCUUGUUUUAGCUCCAAUUUUGCGGAGUACCAAAACUAAAAAAGAAACAAACUUUUUUUUUUGUUGCAUAACAUGUUAUGUUUUAUAGGCAGCAGAUCGUUCAUUUUGGGACAAUUUUAUUGAUACCUUUUUCACUAUACAAAGUGUGUUUAAAUU